AUUAGGCCGAGUCUCCUUCAGAACAUUUCAGCUGAUCUCAUAUCUGUUUCUCCAGGAGCAAACAUCACUCUGCUCUGUAACAUCACUAAUUACUCACAGAAAUCCUGGUAUCAGAUGAUCUCAGCAGGGUUGAGGCAGAUUAUAUCAGCCAGACAAAGCAGCCUGAACAAACACUUUUAUGUGGAUUAUAAUGUAGAUGAGAGUCACUUUUAUUUAACAGAAAGCAGCAGUUCAGUCAGUUUAGUGAUUAUUGGAGUUCGAGAGACGGAUCUGGGGUUUUAUUACUGUGGAGGACGAAAUGAUGAGACACACAUUCAGUUUGGGAAACUCAUCAGACUGAACUUUACAGGUGGCAGCAAUAAUGGAUCUUCAUCUGAGGCUUCAGAUUCACAGCCGCCUGCUAGAAAUGUUAACGACUGGAUUAGAAAUGUGAUUGUAAUGUGUGUGUGCUUCGUCUCCGUCCUAAUAACCAUCUGCAUGUGUGUGUUCUGCAGCAGGGUUCUAGCUUCUUCAGUCACACCACCGACUCCACUGAUAAGGCUGAAAACAUUUAUUAUACCACUGUUCAGUACAAAAGAAUGUCCACUGCAUCUGCUACGAACAUCAAGUCAGACUGCAGGACUGAUUCCUAACUGUUACCUCACAGCUGCAGAGACACUGACAAGCACAAGUUGCCAAAUGCUGAUGACCCACAACUCCUCCUCUCCUCUCCUCCUUUAUUCAUUUAUUUUCUGCUUUGAUCUCAGUAUGUUUAUCUGGUUUAUUCUCAUAUAAUCAGAUUCACAUUUAAAAUGAAAUGAACUUUUACACUGUUUUGUUGCUCAGACAAUAUUAAAAUGUGUAAAUUGUACUGAUUUGCUGAUUGAGAGCAAAUAUGGACUUUACACAAUUAGACAUAAUAAAAUGAUAAAUAUUUUCCUGAUAUUGCUACAGAUCUAUAAUCAGGAGCAGGUCAUGGCAGGCAGGUAAAUGUCUGAUUUCUGGGAACAACAUUCUGUCCAAAUCUGAUGUGUUUCUCUAAACAGCUUCUGUUUUGUGUGUAAAAGUGGCAGAGUGCAGAUUCAUUUCCUACAGAAAAAGAGAAAAAACAUGCAGUUGUUUAAUAUCAUUAAGUAACAUCAGCAUAUGGAUUUAUUACAAAGUUUAAAUAUGCUAUUAGAUUUUUGUUAGUGUUAGAGCGACCCCUACUGGUGUGGAAAUGUGUUGUUUAUUUGUUCCUGUUUUAUUGAGCUGAUUAAUGAUGUUUAAUAUAGAAAUAUUUACAAAUAAACCAAAUGUUUGUGACAGAAAUGAAAUGUGUAACUAAUGUUUGUAAUAAGUUUGUAUUGAAUAAAUCAGCUCA